UUAGCCGAAAAUCUGUCAUAAAACAAAAUAAAUAAAUUCUCCGACUAUUUCUAGUUUCUUAGCAAAAUCCCUCGUUUUCAUCUUAAUAUUUAUUACACACUAGAAUCCCUCGUUUUCAGAAGACAAUGCAAUAACGUGCCAGAGUGUUUCUGAUUCCAACAACUGUAACCCCCAUUCCCAAUUAAUUAUAUUAUUUAUUAAGAUGUUAAACUAUUAAACUAUUCACUAUAUAAUUUGCUUUACUUCACUCACUCGGAUCAGAAAAAUAAAUUAAAUAAAAAAAACCAAUCAAGAUUCAACCAUGGCAGCAGCGAUGCAAUUUCUACUAAAGAGAUCGAACAAACUCAGUUCUUCCGAUUUCAUCGCAUGCAGAACUUUUACAUCUCUCGGAUCCUCGUCUUCCGCCGCCACCGCCACUCAAAACAUCUCUACACCGCCGCAGCUUCCGCCGUUCGAUCACCAGCCUCAUCCGUAUAAAGGACCAUUCGCCGAUGAAGUUUUCGCCAAGCGAAAAACGUUCCUCGGUCCUUCCUUAUUCCAUUACUAUCAGAAACCCUUGAAUAUUGUGGAGGGGAAGAUGCAAUAUCUAUAUGAUGAGAAUGGGAAGCGUUACCUUGAUGCAUUUGCUGGGAUUGUUACUGUUUCUUGUGGACAUUGUCAUCCUCAAGUAUUGAAUGCCAUCAUUGAGCAGAGUAAACUUUUGCAGCAUGCAACUACUAUUUAUUUACACCAUACUAUAGCUGAUUUCGCCGAGGCGUUGGCGUCGAAAAUGCCUGGAAAUCUUAAAGUUGUUUAUUUUGUAAAUUCUGGUUCUGAAGCAAAUGAAUUGGCAAUGCUGAUGGCUAGAUUGUAUACUGGUAAUCUUGGUAUGAUUUCUUUAAGGAAUGCAUAUCAUGGAGGGAGUUCUAAUACAAUGGGUCUCACCGCCCUUAACACCUGGAAAUACCCACUUCCAGAGGGUGAAAUUCAUCAUGUUAUGAAUCCAGACCCAUACCGUGGAAUCUUUGGAACAGACGCUAAUAGCUAUGCCAGAGAUGUCCAAGACCAUAUUGACUAUGGUACUUCAGGAAAAAUUGCUGGAUUUAUAGCUGAAACAAUUCAGGGAGUUGGAGGAGCAGUUGAGUUGGCCCCUGGGUAUUUAAAACAAGUCUAUGACAUGGUACACAAGGCUGGUGGUGUCUGCAUUGCAGAUGAAGUGCAAACUGGGUUUGGCCGCACAGGAAGCCAUUAUUGGGGAUUCGAAACACAGGGUGUUAUUCCUGAUAUAGUUACAAUGGCAAAGGGUAUUGGCAACGGUUUGCCAUUAGCAGCUGUAGUUACUACUCCAGAAAUAGCAAGUGUGAUGGCCCAGAAGAUUCAAUUUAAUACGUUUGGUGGGAACCCUGUAUGUUCUGCUGGGGGUCUUGCAGUGCUCAAGGUUCUAGAUGAGGAGAAGCGCCAGGCUCAUUGCGCCGAUGUUGGUUCGCACUUGCUGGAGCGUUUGAGAUCACUUAUGCAACGACAUGACAUCAUUGGUGAUGUGAGGGGAAGGGGUUUAAUGGUGGGGGUAGAGCUUGUUACCGACCAAAAAAACAAGACACCUGCAAAGGCCGAGACUGCUGUCAUAUUCGAAAAACUUAGAGAGCUGGGUGUUCUUAUUGGGAAAGGAGGACUGCAUGGAAAUGUUUUUAGGAUUAAGCCUCCAAUGUGCUUCACCAAAGAUGAUGCAGAUUUUCUUGUCGAUGCCUUGGAUUAUUCUAUAACAAAGUUGUGAAAUGAUUAUUCAAAUAAAAUCCUUGAUAAUGGAGGCAAAUUGCUACAAGGCAACAUAAUUUGUAAACAUAUAUUCACAAGUUUUACUACCAAUAAUGAAAUGUUCACCCAUUGCGAAGAGGGUGUUUUCUUCUUUUAGUCGGUACAUUAUGAGUUGAACAUGGAUUAGUGUAUAUAAUUUUGGGUAUCAUGGCAUCAAAAGGUUGCAAUCAGUUUUAGACUAA